AUGAUAAAGUCUAUCUUACUAUGUUUCUUCUUCCUUUUCCCUCUCCUUUUAACCCUCUUUAAGAAGCUUUUACCUUCGAAAUGGAAGCUUCCUCCCGGACCUACAGGUCUUCCGAUCAUCGGAAACUUGCACCAAGCUUGGAAGAUUGCUUCAUAGUUCUUUUCACAAGCUCUCUUUAGAACAUGGACCAGUGAUGCUUCUCCGUUUCGGGGUCGUCCCGAUGGUUGUUAUCUCUUCCAAGGAAGCAGCUAAACAAGUUCUAAAGUCUCGCGAUCUAGAGACAUGCUCCCGACCUAAGCUGGUUGCGAACGGGUUGUUUACUCGCAACUUCAAAGACAUUGCUUUCGCUCAGUAUGGUGAGGACUGGCGAGAGAUGAAAAAGCUCGUGGGGCUUGAGCUCUUCAAUCCAAAGAAGCACAAAUUUUUCAGGUAUAUCAGAGAGGAAGAGGGUGACUUGCUGGUCAAGAAACUAUCCAAAUCUUCUCAAACACAAACUUUAGUGGAUUUGAGAAAAGCCUUUUUCUCCUUCACCGCGGGUAUCAUAUUUAGAGUCUCCUUUGGACAGAACUUCCGCGAGUGCGAUUUCAUCGAUAUGGACAGACUUGAAGAGUUGGUGCAAGAGUCAGAGACCAACGUAUUCAGCUUCGCAUUCACUGACUUCUUCCCAACGGGUCUCGGUUGGCUUGUAGACCGGAUCUCCGGUCAACAUUCGAGGAUCGAGAAAGCCUUUUCAAAACUCACCAAGUUCUUUCAACAUGUAAUCGAUGAGGAGUUGAAGAUUGGACAAUCCCAAGAUCACUCAAACCUCGUCAGUUCCAUGUUGGAUAUGAUCAAUAGAUCCACUGAAUACGGUUCUUUCAAGAUCACUUCUGAUCAUCUCAUAGCAAUGAUGACGGACAUAGUUUUGGGGGGAGUGAACGCAGGAACAAUCACAAUGAUAUGGACGAUGACAGAGCUAACCAGACAUCCAAGAGUGAUGAAGAAACUCCGAGAAGAGAUUCGAGCAACACUUGGACCCAACAAAGAGAGAAUCACAGAAGAAGAUCUAGAGAAAGUUGAGUACUUGAAGUUGGUGAUCAAAGAAACUUUCAGAUUACAUCCACCAGGUCCUUUCUUGCUCCCAAGACAAGUAAUGUCCGACAUAGAGAUUCAAGGCUACCACAUUCCCAAGAACGCACAUAUCAAGAUCAGCACUUACGCCAUAGGACGUGAUCCCAAAUGUUGGACUAAUCCUGAAGAAUUCAAUCCUGAGAGGUUUGCAAAUACCUCAAUCAACUACAAAGGUCAGCAUUACGAGCUUUUACCCUUUGGAGCCGGUCGUAGGAGCUGUCCUGGUAUGACUUUGGGAAUCACCAUUCUUGAGCUAGGCCUUCUUAACAUUCUUUACUACUUCGAUUGGAGUUUACCCAAUGGAAUGACCAUUAAAGACAUUGACAUGGAAGAAGAUGGAGCUUUGACCAUCGCCAAGAAAGUCCCUCUUGAGCUCAUACCUACGCUCCCAGCAUCACUAUGCAUUAAAUAA